CAUCUGUGUGUCUGGAUAAACCUCCGAAUGGACUCUGUGCUCUUUUCUCUGGAGCGUUUACCUCGGACUGUAGGAGCUAGCUUUGCAUGCUAGCUGGAAACACGUUAGCAACACUAGUCGGAUUGAGAGUUUGAUCGAGAGAAAAACGGUGUGUUUAACGGAGUUUGCAGGAAAAGGUGAUCUAGUAAACAUGAGUAAAGUCCAAAUGCUGCUGUCGUUGAAGAAGCAGCGACUCACUGCUGCUGCUGAAGAUAUAUUUGCUCUGUUUGAAAAAACGAUAGCAGAGAACGAAGAGGAGCUGUCUCGUUCCAAAGAGGAGAACGAGAGACUCCAGAAACUACUGGACGCUGUUUUACAGCCUCAGCUUCGGAUACACAGAGCAGAUGUCCAGCUGCUGGUGGUGGUUAAAGAAGAGCUUCUCCCUGACCACCAAGAGUGGAGCACCAGUCUGGAACAGGAGGACCCAGAGCCCCCCCCACACAUUAAGCAGGAACAGGAGGAACUCAGGAUCAGUCAGGAGGGAGAGCAGCUUCAGGAGCUGGAGGAGGCUGAUAUCACCAAGUCCACUUUCACUCCUGACCCUGUGAAGAGUGAAGGUGAUAAAGAGAAAUCUCAGUCCUCACAGCCUCAUCAAAGACAAACUGAACACAUGGAAACAGAAGCUGAUGGAGAUGAUUGUCGAGGACCAGAACCAGCUAAUAACUCAGAUCCAGAAAGCAGUUUACAACCAAAGACUGAGGAUGACACUGGAGACACUUCUGAACCUGACACUGAACACAGUGCUGAUUGGAAGGAGACCAGAGAACCUGCGUCAGGCUCAAAAUCACUGAAAAAUAGACAAGAAUCGGUCAGUGAUUCAAGCCGUAGUGCUGUAAAGAAACAAUUUGGCUGCACCGUGUGUACGAAAUCUUUUACAUAUAGAAGUAAUAUUCAGCGACACAUGAGAAUCCACACAGGAGAGAAACCCUUUAGCUGCUCAGUUUGUACCAAAUCUUUUGCAUUGAGUCAAAGUUUAAAAAAACACAUGAGAAUCCACACAGGAGAGAAACCAUACGGAUGCUCAGUCUGUAAGAAAUAUUUUUCACAGAGUGGAAGUUUAAAAGAACACACGAAAAUUCACACAGGAGAGAAACCCUUUAGCUGCUCAUUUUGUACCAAAUCUUUUGCAUUUAGUGACAGUUUUAAAAAACACAUCAGAAUCCACACAAGAGAGAAACCAUACAGAUGCUCAGUCUGUAAGAAACCUUUUACACAGAGUGGAGGUUUAAAGGAACACAUGAGAAUCCACACAGGAGAGAAACCAUACAGAUGCUCAGUCUGUAAGAAACCUUUUUCACAGAGUGGAGGUUUAAAGACACACAUGAGAGUCCACACAGGAGAUAAACCAUACAGAUGCUCAGUCUGUAAGAAAGCUUUUUCACAGAGUAGAGGUUUAAAGACACACAUGAGAGUCCACACAGGAGAGGAAAUAUACAGCUGCAAUGUUUGUGACAAAAGAUUUAAAUGGCAUGGUUAUUUCAAAAGACACAAGUGUGUUGGUCGUCAGUCCUCACAGCUUAAUGAAAUUCAAACUGAGGAUAACAGAGAGGCAGAGCCUCCAAUCAGCAGCUCAGUUGAACACAUGGAAAAAGAAGCUGAUGGAGAGGACAAUGAAUAAGUCUUAUGACAGUUCACACAUGAGAAAAAUCUGUCUGACUGAAUUAACAUUGACAAUAUGUUUAAUGUUUUUGUCAUACUGAUUUUCUGAGUUAUACGUUCACCAUUUUAUGUUGGAUUGAGGGCUCCAACUUUCCAUAUAGAGAUAUAGGAUGAUUUAAUGUAUUCUUUAUUUCUAAAUGUUUUGUAUCAUUGAUAUCCUGUUAAUGAGCCCUGUUUUACAUAAAUGUACCUGUUAUCUGA